AUGGACGACGAGGUUGACAGUGAUAUCAAACCCUGUGAAGAAAGAACUCUUAACACAUUCCCCUACAAGUUAUGGAAUUUGAUUAAUAACUAUUCAGAGAAGAAUGGAUUGGAAUGGUCUAAAAAUGGUGACGCUGUUCUCGUACAGAAAAAGCUGUUUGUCCAAAAAUGCUUGGGCCAACCAAAAAAGUUCAAGACCAAAAAGUUGCUCAGCAUCACAAAGCAAUUUAAUGUUUAUGGCUUCAAGCAAAUCCACCAUGAGGAAAGUGACGCCUAUUUCAAGUACAAAAGUCCUAAUUUUAAAAAGGACAGACCAGAAUUACUGAGCAAUUUCUCAAGGAGAAUUUCUACUUCUCGUAGACCUUACAAAAAGUAUUCUGCCAAAUCAGAUGCCAAAAGAAAAACCAAAGACAAGAGAGUGGCUUUGAGCUCUGUUGAGAACUUCACUGUGAAGACUCGGUCUCAGCCAGUAAGACAAGCUAGGCGACCCUUGAACGCUGCAGCCCUUACGGACAGCCUCUCGUCUAGUCAGGAGACAAACAACAGUGAGUCUAGUCAGGAGAAUCAAGCCAUAGAAACCAUAAAAUUGCCAGUGCUGCAGAAAGAAGAAAUUGAAGAAAUAGUGGUGCAAGCUAGAGACCAAUUCAGGAAAGUCCUUCAAGAAAACGUCGACCAAGUCCUGCAGUUGCCUACAGGAUUGACAAGCAGCAAUCAAAGCAGCCAGAGCUCAUUUACCUUAGAUGUGUCCAACAAACCAGUCAUGUAUCCACCUCCACCAAAAAGAGACCCUCAGAGGGUGAUGCUCAAUGGAAACUGCCCUUCUUCACCUAAUGUGUCGGGUACUAUUAACCCAAAUGCAUUCUUCGCUCCUCCAUGGAACAGUUAUUUAGAUCAAGACAUGAGAUACCUGCAAGAUGAGUUACUGCAGGAGGAAGCUAUUCCAUUUGAGCACAUUCUUGAGGUAUCAGAAAUUUGUGAUUUGAUCUGACUCGAUCUGACCAUUUAUUAAAACGGUCA